AUGGUUUUUAAAUAUACCGGAAAGAUGCCUGCGGAACCUAAGGUGGUGGUUCACCGAAUUAGAGUCAUGCUUUCCGAUCGUAAAGUAAAGUCACUGGUGAAGGUGUGUGUCAAUCUGACCAAAGGCACAAAGGAAAAGAACCUGAAAGUGAAAGGAUUGGUGCGCAUGCUUACCAAGUCACUGAAAAUUGUGUUGAGGAGAACACCUUGUGGUGAAGGUUCCAAGAUGUGGGAUCAUUUCCAAAUGAGAAUCCACAAGCAACUCAUUGACUUACACGGUCCUUCUGAGAUUUGAAACAAAUUACUUCUACCAUUACUGAGCAGGAGUGAAGG